CCAGAUAAACAGACAGAGCUUGAAUGACAGGAUAUGGGAAAGUUAGGAGAGAUCUGUCUAAAGCCUCAGGUUUACAGAGGUGGCUAGAGAGAAUAAAUCUUUGUACAGAAGGAGGAGAUGGUAUGUCUGCAUCAGGACUGUAUAUGUCUGGAGAGGAUGAAAGGCUAAACAGAUCAAUGUAUGUGAAAGUUGUGGUUUGUCACCCCAUGGAAAUUCUCUGGGUGAGAAUGAAUGUGUAUAUUGGUGGAGAGGCAGGGUAGAUAGGGGCAGGGUUGGGCAAUGCUUUGGGUCAUAAUGUACCCCACAUACGUUAAUACCAGUGAGGGGGUGAGGUAGGGGCUGGAAUUAAAAAAAACAACAACAAAACACCUUAAUUACAUAUUAUAUACCUGAAUGGCAAAGUUCUGAGCUUCUUGUUUCCAUAAGGGGAAAAGUGAUCCAGAGAUGUAGUAUGAAUGAAAAACCUGGCAAGUGGUUUCCUAUCUCUAAACCAGAUGUGAUCUUCAAAUUGGAGCAAGGGAAAGAGCCAUGGAUAUUCAAUCUGCAGAAAUCCAGAGAGAGAGAGAUCCCAAGAAACUCCUCUCCAGACUGGGAGAGUAAACCUGAAACCCAACAGUCAACUCAAAAUGAGAACAUUUCUGAAGAAGCAGAAUCACCAGGGAUAUUAGUUCCUCUAGACCCUACAUUCAGAGACAUUCUUCUGUCCAAGGGCAGAUUAGAGAAGCAUCAGGAAAACUCUGAAGGAGGAAAAUGGAAGAAAUCCCUUUCCUAUGACAAUACUUUCAACCAGUUGUCAAUUAGUCUCACAGAAAGUCCCAUUAAAGAAAGAGAGCACGAAUGUAAAGAAUGUGGAAAAAAAUUCUUUGACCGCCCAUCCCUUACUCGACAUAAGCGGGCUCAUAAAGGAGAGAAGCGCUAUAAAUGUAAUGAAUGUGGAAAAGCCUUCUCUAAACAUUCAUCUCUUACUGAACAUGACAGAAUUCAUACUGGAGAGAAACCCUAUGAAUGUGAUGAAUGUGGAAAGGCCUUCAGCCUGAAAAGUAACCUAACUCGACAUCAGCUAACACAUACUGGACAGAAACCCUAUGAAUGUGAUGAAUGUGGGAAGGCCUUUAGCCGUAGAAGUGGACUUAUGAGGCAUCAUAUGACUCAUACAGGAGAAAGUCCUUAUAAAUGUUAUGAAUGUGGAAAAGCCUUCUUUAACCCAUCAUCUCUUACCGAACAUGAAAGAAUUCAUACUGGAGAAAAGCCCUAUGAGUGUGAUGAAUGUGGGAAAGCCUUCUCUAACCAGUCAUCUCUUACUGUACAUGAGAGAAUUCAUACUGGAGAAAAACCCUAUGAAUGUGAUGAAUGUGGGAAAGCCUUCUCUAUACAUUCAUCCCUUACUGUACAUCAGAGAAUUCAUACUGGAGAGAAGCCUUAUGAGUGUGAUGAGUGUGGGAAAGCCUUCUUUGACUGUUCAUCCCUUACCAGGCAUCAAAGAACUCAUACUGGAGAGAAACCCUAUUUAUGUAGUGUGUGCGGGAAAGUCUUCAGUAGCAAGGCAUCUGUCAUCCAACAUCAACGACGUUAUGCCAGAGAGUAAUGUAGGAAUAUAAUAAUUUAAGGAAAAUUUCCAUCAUAUUUGUCAUUUUAUUGACUACCAAAAAGUCAACGUGGGAAAAUGGGUCCCCAUAGACACUUAAAAAUGGUAUUAUCUUAAACAGAUGGGUGGAGGAGUAGGAAACAGACAUUUAUUAAGCACCUACUAUUUGUCAGGCACUAUGCUAAGCACUUUACAAAUUUCUUAUUGAUAUUCUCACAACAACCCAAUGUUAUGAUUUCCAUUACACAUGA